AUGUUCCUGAAUAAGUGCGAGGGGGAGCUGGGCGAGCUGCGGAAGCCGGGGGACGGCGAGGGCCCCCCCCCGGCCGCCGCCGAGGAGGAGCAGCCCAAGAAGAAGCACCGGCGGAACCGCACCACCUUCACCACGUACCAGCUGCACGAGCUGGAGCGCGCCUUCGAGAAAUCCCACUACCCCGACGUCUACAGCCGCGAGGAGCUGGCCAUGAAGGUCAACCUGCCGGAGGUCCGCGUGCAG